AUGGAGAAAGCAUUAUUGGGAUUAGAACGUGAGGGAAACCUCAUAUCUAACCCAUCCAAAGUAUACAUUGCUAAAGCAUACAUUGGUAUGAAAAUACCAUUCGAAGUAAACAAUGAUAAAGUACUCAAGAGGCAUAAACAUUCAGACAUCAGACAUAUCGGUAUGGAAGCAAUCAUGAAGCAAAUACAACAACAACUCAAACAAAAGCAGGAGCAAAAAGCAUCAUUAAUGAAACAACUUGAAGUAGUCAAUCGAGAACUCGAAGUAGUCAAUCGUGAAGAAGAACAACUAAAACAUACAUUACAAAUUUUAUCAGCCUAUUCAGCACCCAAAGAAGAAGCAGCUAGCAACUCAACAACAAAGCAACCAAAUGAAGAAAUUCGAGAAAUAUCAUCCGACGAUAGUCCACCACAUACAAUACCUAAAAUAGAAAACAACCUCUCACAUCCAAUCCAGAGGAAAGCUGCAUACAACGAAGCAUACAAAGCAGCAAUAAGAGAUAAUGUCGAAUGUUCAAAAACAGUCCUUCUUGCACCUCAAAAACCCAUAUCUAUUUCCACCACACAAAAACCUGUAUCCAUCCCAAAAUAUCUUAAUCAACUACAUGCCAGAAGUGCCCUUGAAGCCAUUCCAUCAACCAAAGAAAAAGAAGCCAUGAAAAAACCAACUACCCAAAAAUUUGCUAAACUAUGGGAUAGUCUUGUCUCAUACACAGAAGUUCAUUAUUUAAUGGGUUUCUACCCAGUAGCCAGGCGCCCAGGCCCCAAAGCAGUCUUCCUAGCCGAUUUAUUCGAUCCUAUGACUUUAUGGGAUUAUUUUAUUUAA